AAUUUUUUUUUAUUUUUUAAGUUCUGUUUUUAUACACUUAGAAAUAAAGAUUAAAAAGCUGUCACUGGGGUGGUACCCUUUCUAAACAUACACCUUUUGUAUGUAAAGAGUGCAUGAUAAUACCUCAAAGAUAAAGCACAACUUUUGAUAUCUAAUUUUAUUUGGUCUCAGUGAAACUACAGCUUGAAAACCAGGGGGCGUCAUUGCACAAGAUAACAUGACUGAUAUGUUGUUUGAAGGGCCAUUUUCCCCCUUUCAGCAUCACCUUUAACCAUAAGCACAAUUAAGCAAUUGUGAUUUAAAAGUUGAGGAUCUUUGAGAGAAUUUCAAAAAUAAUGCAAAUGUAGUUUUUUACUGAAAUUUUUUUUAUUUAUAUCAAGAGUGAAUGAGCUGUAAAAGAGCAUUUACAUGUGAUCCGGUCUGUGAAAUCCUGGUUAAAGUCUCAUAAUUAUGAAGGAGCAUCAAUCUUUGACAUGACCUUACACCAUCAAUAUUAAAGAUAUAAAUGUUGUAUUUUCACAGAAUGUUCUUUACAUUAUGAUGAUUUUAUGUAGAAAACUGUAAUUCAAUAAAAAAUUACUUUAGCUACUACACUCUAAAAACAUACGGUGCUAAAUGGCACUAAAAGUGAUUCUUGGCUUGUAAUCAUAGAGGAACCAUUUUGAGUGCCAUAUAGCACCGAUGAAGUACCUGUGUGGAACCAUAUAGUGCUAUGUAGAACCAUAUAUGGUGCCAUAAGACCCCCGUAUGGUUCUUCAUAGGUGCUAUAUAGCACUAAAAAUGGUUAUUCUAUGAUUACGAGCCAAGAACCACUUUUAGUGCUAUUUAGCACUGUUUGUUUUAGGUUUUCACAGACAGGGUCACAUUUCACAAUUUCAACUAUAAAAAAUGAUUACUAAACCACUACAUUGUGUGUUACAUCAAAUAAGUAAAAAAGACACUAAAUUUAUCUGACAGUACACUAUUAAAAGACAAAAGAUGUGUGUUUUAUAGAAUAAGGAAGAUAAUGCAGUUGGUGUAAAAGCUGAUACCAUGAGGUUCCUGAAUGAUUGGCAGUGACAGGUCCACCAACAGCUGAUACUAAGAAUGGAGUAAGCAGCAGAGGGAGAUGCAGAUACGGCAUGAAGGUUAUGUCUAAAUAUGGCACCCCAGAAACUGUACAUAGCAUGUAGUGGCAUUUAUACAGCAAUGAGCUUUAAAAGUGCACUAUUGUAUAUUCAUUCAGUGCUAGAGAGAUUUUAGCACUGUUUCAUUACAGAGAUGUUGAAAAGUUCAUAUCAUCCGUUAUUGCUUAAUGUUUAGGGAAUUGUGUGCGAUGACGUGCAUGCAUUUUCCUCUAGCAGCAAUACAAUUGCAUUGACAUGACAACUUUCCAAUAGCAACAUGACACCCGCCAGCCUGAACAUACAGAAGGCGACAACACUGCUUUUUCUGUUCUGAGGGGGUGGAGUGAGUGGGCCAUGUGCAAGAGCACCAGAGCAGUUGUGCUGCUGAGAAAUGAAAGACUGGUGGAUAUAAAGAAUAUGGAAUGAACAGGACUUUAUUUCUCCUGGAUGCAAAGACUUAACGGAAGUUGUUGGCCGUGCGCACAUAAAGAGAGGAAGUGCUCCCAGAUUCCUGGACAGUGACAGAUCAGAGGACAGAUAUAGGGCGUGGAAAUCUCCUGAAGGUUAGAGGACACAGAAUGUAAGAUGAGUAAACAUGCAAUCUUUGUAACUACAGAAGCAUAUGCAUGACAGACAUAACCAAAAUCGAGAUCGUAUGAAAGUGGAUUGAUAUGAAAUGUCAAGUCGGAGCCAUGUACACAAUCUUCUGAUGUCAUUGGAUAAGAUUACAGCUUGAAAGUGUGCAUGAAGUCAUUGCAUCUAUAUCAAGAAAAAGUUCUGUAGGAUUCGGGCAGAAUUUGGAGCCCAAUAGUAACAACUAUCUUUAGUUUGCUGGUUUAGGUCACAACACAAAUGUUUCUGAACGCUUUGCUCGUGGUCAUUACUGACCUGGCAGCUGGACUACUUGGCAAUGCAUCAUUUCGACGCCAUUUUCAUUUGCUGCUGUCAGGAUUGCUUUUGUUUGGGCCUCUCCUGAGUCUAUGGGUUUCCCAAUAUAGCAUCUUUGGCAAGAGGAGUCAUUUUCUGUACAGGGUCUUCCUGCGCUCAGGUUGGGGCUGGACCUGUAUCUUUGUCGGCUCUUUUGUCUUCGUCCUCUCUUUCACUGUACGCCGUUCGCUCACACUUUCACUACGACACCUUUCUCGGCUAGCUGUGGCAGGCGGGCUGUGGAUCAGCUUUCGCAAACUGCUUUGUCUGCUGGAGAACGCCACUGGGAAUUGUUACGAGCCCCUCAGCUCCACUCUCGAGCUGGCUUCAGGUACUAACGGAGACGGUCAACCGCUACUGCUUCUACGUGAAGGUGAAACAAAGGAGGUCUGCAUCCGCUCCGGCAUGUUGUGGCGUGGAUAUGAAGUGUCUGAAGAUGCCCUCCUGCUGUGUUUGUGCUGUCUGCUUCUAGCCGAGGAGACCGCCGUGUUUGGGCCCUACCUGAGCCUGGGUGGACCCUCUGGAGCCCCAUUGCGCAUCCUCUUCCUGUUCUGCAUCCUGCUGUUGAGUCUCUGGGUGUUCCUGCUUCUAUGCUUGCUGGCUUAUUUCCCACAGUUUCCUACCCAGCUUUUGGGAGGUGCUCUGGGAUGUUUGAGCUGGAGAGUAUUGUACCAGGGUUGGUACCGACUUGGACCUAGCUGGUACUGCCCUGGCAGGCCUGGGGUGGGACUUCUGUCUACGCAGAGCAAACAGGAUGAGACACACAAGGAAUACAAUGAAACAAAUGCUGAAGUGAGCAACUAGGGAAGGCUGUUGGACUCAUGUUCUCCAGAGUUACAUGUUUAACCAAAAACUGACAAAUAAAAGCACAAAACAGACACAAGUGAGACUUAACAUCAAUUUAUUAGGUUUAUCAUUGACAAUCUCAAAUUGUUUUAUUACAAAAAUACCAACAAAAUUUCUGAAAAGCUUAUGCUUAAAUACGAAACUUGUGAUUAAUUUAGGUCCACAUUUGCAAAUGACAAAGGUUCACUUUACUAUAGUAAUCCUUUCCAGGCAUUACCUGGUGGAUGGGUGUCAUUCAAUUUUAGGCUGGUGUCAAAAAAUGAAAACCUCUUGAACUAAACCAUCAAUGGUCUUUUAUCAAAAUGGGGGAUAUUUCAAAGAUAUUCUUAUUUGGGCCACAUAAGAUUAACAUCCACAAAACAUGCUUCAUACAUGAGCACUGACUGCAAAUUUCUUAUGAAAAUGUUUAAUAAGGCAAGAAGCGAUGCUCCUGGUUAAAAUGUCACUAGUAAUGAAACAGAUUCCUUUCAUCCCUACUAAAAUAAAAA